AUGUCUACAGAAGCUCAACCUCAAAGAGUAGUGGUGAUCCAAGACGCAUCAAGGGAUGUUAACCCGAGCGCAAUCAGGUGGCUACUUGAAAACUUUUCACUUAAAACUGGUGAUGUGCUCAUAAUCUUUGGAGUGCUUCACCAGAGUGACUACACGAUCGAAACUUAUUGUUAUUUUUUAUCUAACGCUAACUAUUUUCCUUUUGCCCUCUCCCCCAACAACCCUUUCUUCUUCUUCUCUCUUGCUUUAGUUGGAUACAAGGUCAAGGUGGACUCGAGUUCGGCAUUUAUUCAAGAAGUUGAUAAGAAGAAAAAAGAGUAUUCUACCAAUGCAGAAAUUAUGAGAAUUUCUAAGCACUGCGAAGUGGAACAGAUUGAGUUUCAUAUAGAGGUACGUCCAGGACCUAGUCCAAAAGUGGUUGCUCUAAAAGCUGCAAGAACUUUGAAGGCCACAUGGGUGGUACUUGACAGGAAAAUGAAGAAAGACAAGAAAUAUUUCAUGGAGAAGCUCCAAUGUGGGAUAUCAAGGAUGAAGCGUGACAACACUGUUGUAGUAUUAAGAGGACCAAAAGCAAGAGUAAACAUAACACACUCAGAAAUAAGAAUUCAGACCAAAAGUCAAGUAAGAUAUGAUGAAAUGAUACCAGGAAGCCCAAGGAAAAGAAUACCUUCCCAGAAUCAAUUGGCACCUCCACGAAUCAGCUCAGGCAAAGAAGUCUACGUUGAUCAUAGUGAAGAAAUCCCCUGCGGAAGCUAUAGCCAGUCAACUUUCUUUUCCAAGUCCUCAUCAAGUGAUCAGGUCAUGACAGCUGUUGCUUCAACUUCAAGUCUAACUGAGGCAAGGCACUUCCACUUCAAUUAUCAUAAUGAUAAGUGCACCAAAACAGAACGAGAAACUGGUGGUGAGCAAUCCCCAUUUUCAAAUGCGGAGAGCAAUCCUCUUCAGAGAGGUCAAAAAGAGGUGAAUACCGAGAGCCCAAAUGAACUGAAGCAACAGAGGAAAUAUGAUGAUUGGAUGGGAGGGGGUCCAACAGAUGAACUGUUCCAAAAUUCCAUUUGCUCAAUUUGCAAGAACAGGAGACCAAGGAUUGGAUGGAACAGAGACUUCAUCUAUGCAGAACUCCAUGCUGCCACUGAGGGAUUUUCCCGCGAGAACUUCUUAUCUGAAGGUGGAUUUGGUUUUGUCUACAGAGGAGAGCUUGGUGGGUUGCAGAUAGCUGUAAAGCAACACAAAAGUGCUAGCUUCCAAGGAGAGAAGGAAUUCAAAUCUGAAGUUAAUGUACUCAGCAAGGCUAGAAAUGAGAAUUUGGUGAUGUUGUUGGGUUCAUGUUCUGAAGGAAGUCACAGGCUGCUUGUUUAUGAAUAUGUCUGCAAUGGUUCAUUGGACCAACAUCUAUCAAGUAAGAAUUUUCGGAAACAUGAUGCAGAACAUAGCCGCAGAACACUCAGUUGGGAAAAGAGGAUGAAAAUAGCUUUGGGAGCUGCAAAAGGCUUGCAAUAUCUGCACAAAAACAACAUCAUCCACAGAGAUAUGAGGCCAAACAACAUCCUCAUAACCCAUGAUCAUGAAGCACUGCUUGGAGAUUUUGGUCUUGCAAGAACUCAACAUGACAAUUCAGAUCAUUCAUGGGAGACCAGGGUCGUAGGGACUCUAGGAUACUUGGCACCAGAAUAUGCAGAAUGUGGGAGAGUAUCAAAAAAGACAGAUGUUUAUUCUUUUGGUGUCGUGUUAUUGCAGCUGAUCACUGGACUCAAGACUACAGACAAGAUUCUUGGAGGGAAAAGUCUUGUGGGAUGGGCAAGGCCACUAUUAAAAGAAAAGAACUACCCAGAUCUAAUGGACCCUCGGAUCUUGGACUCCCACGAUGUGCAUCAACUCUUUUGGAUGGUUCGUGUGGCAGAAAAGUGUCUCAGUAAGGAUCCUCACAAGAGAUUAACUAUGGAUAAGGUAUAUUUAUGCUAGACUCUGUAUAUCAAUGUUUCCAGAUCAAAGCACAAAGAAUUCUGUGUAACAUUGCAGGUGGCAUCUACCUUAAAUGACAUAAUGGAAAGUGACACAGCAUGUGGAAUCAAAGGGUUCACACCAGCACAAUCGAAUUCAAUAGGUAGCACUCUAGAAUCCUAUGAUUAACGAGAUCAUGAUUCAAGUUUUACUGUCCAAACUGGAUCGAUGAGUAGCAUCAAGCAUGAGUCAGAUGAGUGUAUGGCUCCCACUGUCACUCCACUAAGAUUUCCAUCAUCACCUCGACUGCAAUGCUGCAACCAUUUCUACAAACUGGAUUGGUGAGUAGCACGAGUCAGAGGAGUGUAAGGCUGCCACCAUCAACCCCACUAAGAUUUCCAUCAUCACCUCGACUGCAAUGCAGCAACAAUUUCUACAAAAGGAUCAGUGACAUCCAGGAUUCGUGAAGAUCAACUUU